CCACCACCAGCCCUCACCGCCUCAUCAACCACCCAACCAGCCUUUUAGCUCUAUUAGCACAAUGUCCGGCAAGACCAGCGGAAAGUCCAAAUCCGGCAAGGCUUCAGGCGAGCCCGCUACCAAGUCGCAGUCUCGCUCUGCGAAGGCCGGCCUUCAAUUCCCUGUUGGCCGUGUUCACCGUCUCUUGAAGAAGGGCAACUAUGCUCAGCGAGUGGGUGCUGGUGCGCCAGUCUACCUCGCUGCCGUUCUCGAAUACCUGGCGGCCGAGAUUCUCGAGCUUGCGGGCAACGCAGCGCGCGACAACAAGAAGCAACGUAUCAUCCCGAGACAUCUUCAGCUCGCAAUCCGUAACGACGAAGAAUUGCAAAAGCUUCUCGGUGACGUGAUCAUCUCGCAGGGUGGUGUCGUACCAUUCAUCAGCCCGGAGCUCCUGCCCAGCAAAACACAAAAGGGCAAGAAGGACAGCCAGGAGGUUUAGAUGGGAUCUUGGAUGCUUUUUAUUAUCUGUUGUAUUACUGGUGUAUAGUACUUGCAUCCUAUUUUAUAUCUCCUAUUCGUGUCUGCUUGACUAGUGAAUGAUGGAG